UAAAAGGAACGCUCCACCACGUAACGGGAUCGCGAAGUAGACGUUUCUCUCCGCCACCACCUUUCUGCCGCCACCCGCCAUGGCCCGAGAAUCGCCACCAGCACCAACGGCCACCGGAGCGGUGCGCUUCCUCCUCCUCUUCCUAAUCGCCACCGCCACCUCUGCAGCAGCUCACAUCGGGGUGAACUAUGGCACCCUCGGGGACAACCUUCCGCCUCCUGCCCAGGUAGCCCAAUUCCUCCGGACGCGCACCACCAUCGACCGCGUGAAGCUCUUCGGUUCCGACCCCGCCAUCAUCCGCGCAUUCGCCGGCACCGGCAUCGCGGUCACCAUCUCCGUCGCCAACGAUCAGAUCAUCCCCCUCACUAACCCCAGCUACGCCGCCCAGUGGGUCGCCGAACACGUCUCACCCUUCGUUCCCGCCACCAACAUCAACCGCAUCUCCGUCGGCAACGAGAUCCUGGCCAGCAACGACAAGGUCCUAAUCGCCAACCUCGUUCCCGCCAUGCGCUCCCUCCACGCCGCGCUCUCAUCAGUCCGGCUCGGUCAGAUCCAGGUCUCGAGCCCCCACUCCCUGGGCAUCCUCUCCGUGUCGGAGCCUCCCUCCGCCGGCCGGUUCCGACGGGGCUACGACAGGGCCGUCUUCGCCCCGAUGCUCGAGUUCCUCCGCUCCACCCGUUCGCCGUUCACGGUGAAUCCCUACCCAUACUUCGGCUACAACCCGACGACGCUGAACUACGCGCUGUUCAGGCGGAAUGCCGGAAUCAGGGAUGCGUUCACAGGGCACGUCUACAGGAACAUGUUCGACGGGCAGCUGGACGCGGUCUACUCGGCGAUGAAGAGGUUGGGGUACGGGGACGUGGAGAUAGUGGUGGGGGAGACGGGGUGGCCGACGCAGGCGGAGCCGGGUCAGGCUGGGGUGAGCGUCAGAGCAGCGCAAACAUACAACCGAAACCUCAUUCACCACGUGACCUCCGGCGUCGGCACGCCGUUGAUGCCCGGCCGGCGGUUCGAGACUUUCUUAUUCGCGCUCUUCAACGAGAACCUGAAGCCUGGACCCACCGCCGAGCGCAACUUCGGCCUCUUCCGGCCGGACUUCACCCCUGUUUACGACGCCGGAAUCAUGGUUGGCCAGGCUGGAGAUCGGACACCUGCGCUGCCGGCGCCUGCCACAGGGAAGAAGUGGUGUGUGCCCGUGCAGAAUGCAGAUGAGAAUUCUCUUCAGGCCAACAUCAAUUACGUCUGCAGCUCAGGCGUGGAUUGCACCCCCAUCCAACCAGGGGGUGCCUGUUUCCAGCCGGUGUCCGUCCGGUCCCAUGCGACUUAUGCCAUGAACGCCUACUUCCAGCGAUCGGGCCGCCAUGACUACAACUGUGACUUUGCCCAUACCGGGCUCAUCACCAACGCCGACCCCAGUUAUGGCAGUUGUGUCUACGCAGCUUAGAAAAGGUUGCAGACUUCAGUAGCGUGAUGGAGAGUGGAGAGGAAGAUGAAGAACAUGUGGAGGUUGUUUGAAGGGGAUUAACAAGUGGAUGUGUUGCGUUUCUUCCCCUAAAAGUUUAUUUAUUAGGAUAAAAGCUUUUGUAAUCUGUUACUGUAUUUUAUUGUUUGCAGCAUUUUUAUGGCUGGACUACUGAGGCACUUAUUUAUAAUCGUGGACAGUAGUCACCUUUCUUCCAGGGAAGAUCUUGUUAGGAUAAAUGCAUCAAAAGCCAGAUGUUUCUUGAGUUGUUUAACUGAAGUUAGUAAAGCUUUCCAUC